GGCGGGUCCAACAACGGCGGCUGCGGCGGCGGCGGCAGGGCAGUUCGUAUAGAAAAAUGGAUGACUCAGAGUCAGACUUCAAUCUGAAAGUCGUCCUAGUCGGUUUCAAGCAAUGUCUCAACGAGAAGGAAGAGGUGCUGCUGGACUGCUACCUCGAAGGCUGGAGGGGGCUGGUCAGGUUCCUGAACAGUCUGGGCAGCAUCUUCUCGUUUGUCUCCAAGGAUGUUGUGAUGAAGCUACAGAUCAUGGAGCGCCUGUGCAGCAGCCCACAGCGGGAGCACUACAGAAGCCUACAGUCUAUGGUAGCCUACGAGAUGGGCAACCAGCUGGUGGACCUGGACCGGCGCUCGCGCCACCCCGACUCAGGCUGCCGGACAAUGCUCCGGCUGCACCGCGCUCUGCGCUGGCUACAGCUUUUCCUGGAAAGUCUGCGCACCAGCCCUGAGGACGCGCGCACUGCCACGCUCUGCACCGACUCCUACAAUGCCUCGCUGGCUGCUUACCACCCCUGGAUCAUCCGCCGGGCUGUCACUGUGGCCUUCUGCACGCUGCCCACACGCAAGGUCUUCCUAGAAGCCAUGAACGUGGGGUCCCCCGAGCAGGCUGUGGAGAUGCUGGGGGAGGCCCUGCCCUUCAUUGAGCACGUCUACAACAUCUCCCAGAAGCUCUACGCCGAGCACGCUCUGCUGGACCUGCCCUAGGGGCUAGCGGGCCCGGGCAGGGCGGGCUUCCCCUUCUCCAGAGCUGGGCUGGGGCAGCCAGGGCCCCUCAGUCCCACCAUGGAGCUCUCUGGGUUCCCCAGGAAUGGGAAAACCACUCUUUCCUUGUGAACUGAGCUUGUGGCGAGGCACAGGCCCAGCGUGGCCCCUUGGGUCAGAGGAGGCAGGCGCUGGCUGUCUGUCCCAUACCUGUCCUUUCACUCUGCCCAAGAGCAUCUCAGCUUUACCCUCAGCCAGGUGACAUGUGUGUCCAGACAGGCCUCACCCAGUGGUGAAGUGGGAAGGGCAGGGAGGGCGGAGGCAGGAUCAGUGUGCGUGCAGAGGCCCGAGAAACUGCCCCUACCUGUGAGUCAAGUCUGUGAAGUGGGAUGAGGUCACUGGAAUACAUAGACUCUGUCCUGGUUGCCAGCCAACAAUGCUGGUACGUGUCCCUCCCAGGCCCGGAUGCAGUGUCUGGGCCUAGGCAGGCUGCUCCAGGCCCCUCCACACUGGGCUGGCUGUCCCUAGGGCAGGGAGAGAAUCCCUGGGCAUCAGUUGGCAUUGUGGGCUCCCUCCCUGCCCCUUGCCUGGCCGUAGCCAGGGGCCCACAUGUCCUUAGCAGUGAGACCCGGGAGCUGAAGCCCCAAGCGAAGGCCUCUCUGCCUCUAUAGCGCCACACACAUCAGCUGCCUCCUGCAGCCACGCCAUGGCCAGAGCUCCCCAGGCAGCUGCUUGUGAGUCUGCACAGCACAGACCUGAAGCCACCAGGAGCCCAUGUCUCCUCUGGGCCAAUGCCGACCUCUCCCCGUCCCAGUGUCCAGCUAAGUGCUGUGUUCCCUCUUCUUGCCCUUUGCUGCCCCUCCCCACAGAGCUCAGGAGACCCAGGAUGGCAUGGCACCGGGAGAGGGCCUGGACCCCUCUGCCUAGCUGACAGGCUGGCAGACAGCCACAUCCAGCCCGGCCAUCACCCAGUGCUCGAGGGCCUGGCCUCUCCCACUGACUCUUCACUGUGAGCCCAGGACCUUGGGUGCCAUGGGGACGGUGCCCACUGUACAGAAGUUGUGCAUGAUUGUGAGCUCGUGGGGACCUCAGGACAUGUACCACUGGUGGUAGCUUUUCCAGCA